GGAUUUUUGCCAAGACGUGAAUGGAUUAAUAUAAAUGAGGCGGACAUGUUGCCAGUGAAUCAGUUUGGAGCAAACUAUACUGACUUCUGUACACUUUCACACAAUAAAGCCAUGCUGCUGUUGCUGUUGGUAGCAGUGACCUCGCUGGUCCACUCAGCUCCUGUCAUUAACGUGUCUCUGCCACUGGACUGUGAAGAUGUUUACAUCCUGAUAAAAAGCUCAGAUGAAAACGCCACUAUUCCAGAUGGAGUCUACACCAUUUACCCAGCAGGGCCUGAUCACCCUGUGAAGGUGUUCUGUGACAUGGGCUGUAAGGAAGAUGACAACCAUCAGGAUGGAAGAUGGACUGUGAUUCAGAGAAGAAUUGAUGGCAAUGUGAGUUUCUACCAGCCGUGGAAAGAUUAUAAGAAUGGAUUUGGUGAUGCCAGUGGUGAAUAUUGGCUCGGUCUGGAGAACAUGUUCCUGAUGACCAACACGGAGAAGUAUCAGCUGAGAGUGGACAUGGAGGAUUUUGAGAGAGGCAGUGCCUAUGCCCUCUACACCACUUUCUUCAUCGGCUCAGAGUCCAACAGUUACACGCUGAAUAUCGGUGGCUACAUAAAUGGAGGAGCAGGUGAUUCUUUGUUCUAUGUGAAUGGAAGACCUUUUUCAACCUUUGACAAAGACCCAACUGGAUACUGUGCAGACACUAAUGGUGGAGGAUUCUGGUACAACUAUUACUACUGGUACUACUACUCCUACUACAACUACUACAACUACGGGUAUUGCCACAUUGCCAACCCCAAUGGCCUGUACAAACUAAAUAAUGUGAAUGCAGUAAGCACAGGAUCAUUUGGCAAACCUGGAAAGGUAGCUACUACUCUCUGAAGAGCAUCGUUAUGAAGGUCAGAAGAAUUGGUCUGGGAGAUAUUCAAAAUCUUUAACUUCCCAGACAUACAUUUAAAAUAGGAGAACAGAAAUAAGUGUAAUAUUUCUGAAAAUGGCAAAUCUACUGAUCAUGUAACCUUCUGUCUUUGGGUUUAUCCUGUGGUACAAUAUAUCUGUAUAUCUUUAAUGUUCCGUUUUCAAUGCAAAUGAUGCACUUUGUUAUGGAAAUAUGUGUAACUCCUUUAAUAAAGUUAACAUGAAUUAUCUUUUUUUUCAAAUGAUUUCUCUAUAAUUAAUAAUCUUUUUCUUCAUCUGUAAAUCCUUUGUAUAAGGAAUGAAAUAAACUUUCAGAAAAUAAAGUCUGAGUUCAACACA